UAAGAACGGAAUAUCGUUUUAUCGUUUUCCAGCGUGGAAAAAUAAUAGUACAAGCCAUGUUUCAGAGGUGACAAAAAGGCGACGAAUGGCAUGGAUAGCAGCAGUAAGGAGGCCCAAGAUUACCUUCGAUAACACUCCACCACACAUGAUGGUGUGUUCAAAGCAUUUUCACAAAGGCAAACCUGCCUAUGAAAUGUUGGAGUGUGAUCCUGACUGGGCCCCUUCUCUGUACCUCAGCCAUACUGAGGUCAAAGCUACGAACACAGACCGGUUCAAGCGGUUUAGGAGAAGAGCGACGAGGUCACAACAACAGCAACCCCCAUCGCUAGGCACUGACCACACUGGUCCUGAGGCUGAGUUGGAUAAUGCAGCACCUUUAUACCCAGACAACACUACACCUGCAACUGAGAUGGAAGGUCCCGUGAAUCCACCCGAAUCGCCGGGCACUGUCCACACCGGUCAUGAGACUGAGUUGAAUGAAGACGCACAUUUGUUCCCAGACUACUCUGCACCUCUGGCUGAGAUGGAAGGACAAGAGACUCAGCCCCUACCACCAGCCCCAGACAAUGCAGGGAGAGAGGAAGAUAUGGAAACUGAAACAUCAGGGGAUGAUGGUGCCCCAAUGGGGAAUGCAGAUGAACAGCAGAAGUGCACCAUGUGUGGCCUCAGACUCAAAGAAAUAAUCCGCUUGCAGGAGGAGAAUCGAAAACUGAAGGGAGAGCUCUCCAAAAAGGCCCUGGAUGAGAAUUUUCUCAAAGACAAUGAUUCAAAGACUUGA